UACAUAGUGAGACUGAAUGAAGCGAAGUAUUGACUAAGAACUUUAUUUAUACAUAUAAUAAUAAUAAUAUAACAAAUAAAGUUCAUUGAAGCGAUGGAGUUUCUCACCGGUGGAGGUCAAAAGAACACAGUACGAGCGGCUUGUAAAAAAUGCGGAUACGCCGGUCAUUUAACGUAUCAAUGCCGUAAUUAUCUAAAGAUCGAUGAAACCCGGCAGACCAUUGUGCCCGAGGAGAAAAGAUCCAGCAGCGAAUCUCCGGAGUUGAACUACUUGACUCCACUGCAGGAACUUAGGCGUCAAGAGGAGCUGGAGGAAAGCGCUCGAGCGGAGAAGCGCGCCGAAAAGGAACGCAGAAAAGCUGCCAAAAAGAUGAAGAAAAAGCUAAAACGCAAGCAUUCGACAUCGACCUCAUCGAGUGAGGAUUCGGAGGACGAGCGUCGCCACCACAGGAAAUCUUCCAAGAAGCACAAAAAAGAGAAGAAGAAAAAGUCGAAGAGCAAGAAAAAGAAGUCCCGGAGAAGAUCUCAUUCCAGCAGCAGUAGCGAUUGAUGAAAACUUAAGUUUUAAUAAUAAAAUACCCUUUUAUACCUUUCA